AACCCAUUGGAUGAGAAAGCCAGAGGUCUCGUCUCUCCGACAUUUUCCUCCAAUGGGUUUUGAAAAGGAGGUGAGGAGAGAGGACGCGAGCUAAUACAUUUGAGAUUCUCCCCCAGACACGCAAGUAAAACGGCAACAUCCGAACGGUGUAUUCAUUUUUACAUGCGUUUAAAUAGCCUACCAACGACGGUUUUUUAAAAUCAUCUCUACAACUCAUUCAUCAUUGACUAUAACUCAAGAUCAAAUGACAAUUCCAAUCUGAGUGCAAGACUGGAUGUCGUUUGAGUGACAUGUGGGUGUGUGGCUCUGCGCCAAACAUGCCUGGUCUCCUUUCAAUAUUGUUCAACCCUGGAACUUGUUUGCAUGCAUGGACUGUUCAGGUCUUAUAUCCUUUAUUUCACACUUGUAUUAAUAUAAUUCCUAGAUGUAGGUAGCAACCAGCUUCUCUGAAAAUGUGCAUGUGUUUACAGUCCGGCCAUGGGUUUGGAACCUUCCCAUUGACGCAGAAUUAUUCGGAAAACAAACACUUAGUCAUGGAGAAAGAUGCGGUAUAGCAGCAGUGGUGUUAAGUGACACUUUGAAUCAAGUAGUUUUCCGAACUCUUUGAAGCAUCAUUCGUAAACUGGUCAAAUUGUGUCUGAAUAUGGAUGCUGCAUGGGAACCAGAGGGGACCAUGCUUUCUCCGUGGGUCGGUGAUGAUCGAUGUACGUUCUCGACGCAUGCGGGUCUUUUAAACAAACAAAAAAUGUUAUUCUAUAAACCAGUCAACAAUGUAGUGGUUGUUACAUUUGAUCUAAUAAUUGAUGAAAAAACGAUUCAAAGCAGAUAUUUUGAUCGUAGUAAAUUUCGCAAGCACACCACCGUUUCAGUGUACAGUCGGCACCAUGCCGCCCGCCUGCAUCCUUCGAAGCAUGUUGCCAUUUUCGGGUUAGGCAAUAGGCCCUACGUCAGAGCUGGUAUUAUACAAUCGUUUGUGCUGUUCCAGAUUUACGACCAGUCCCGCUGACCACAUUUAUGGCUUUUACAGUGUAAUCUUUGUUGUUUAUGUAGGCUAUUCAAUUCACCGUGUUUAGCGUAACAUUUUUACAUCCUUGGCAUGAUGAAACAAAGCCUCAAUCACGAUGUGUCAACUCCCUUGAUCAAUUUUCAUAUCAUAAUCGGCUCUGUGACCACUGACAUUCGAGCAUCACAUGGAUGCUGCCACAUGCCCGCAUCCCUGCCGUAUAGGGAGUCGGGACCACAUGGCUUUUCGUUGCAUCAGCACUGCGGUUGCAUGACAACGUCGCGGUACAUGGCCAGGCUGUCCUGUUCCGGUCUCAUUGACGUGAUGACGGAUAACCUAGUUCUCUCUGUCUGGGAAUCUAGGCCAUGCAAGGAAGCGUUAAGGGGGCUCAUCUCCACAGCAUUGUGUGAUGCAGGCCUAUGACUGUGUAUUGUUCAUAGUAGUGCAUGAAUAGGGCCAUAACCUUUUACUGCUCUUCUAUACAAUUAAAACACUCAAAUGCAGUUUGGAGAACAGCAAAAACGACUCUGGCCAUUAUCAUCUUGGCUGCUGUAGGUUGUUUCACCUCAGUCAAUCUACAAACGCAGCCUAUUAGCUAUACAAUUGUUAUGUUCAGGGGGGAAAUGUGAGAAAUGAUUAACACUUUAGCAUUGGAUUAAAUUAGAAUUUAUUAUGUUUUAUACAACUGUAUUGAUUGCGUUUUAAUAUAGGCCUAUAGGGAAGAUGUUUUUUAUUUUUAAGCUUCUAACUUUUGAGAAUAUUGUUAGAUUUUCAGGGGACCGACCCACAUGAGGCACUGACUCCCAAGUUUUGGAUCCACUGUACUAACCUCUGAGUGCUUCCUCUCUCUCUCUGUCUUUGCGUUGUCCUGCAUGCAUAGUAGUAGGGUUGCAAAGGGUAAAAAAAAUUCCAGAAAAUGUCCAUUGGAAUUUGGGAAGUUUUGCAAAAAUGUAUCCAUAAAGUUAGAUUACAACAGUGAAUCUUUGUUGUGGGAUACACAAGGCAAUUCUAGGUCUUGUGGCUUAUUUUGGUUCAACUAUCCCAAUUCAAUGAAAUUGCAACCAUCUGCAUGCACAGUGCAUUCUUCCAUCACAUGUACAGCUGAUUCUCAAGAUCUUGCACACUAAUGAGAUGCUAUUGAGCCCACUACUACACUGUCUGAGCCAAGGACUACAUGCUUUCUGAUGUUUGGCUUCCACAAGCCCAAGAUGUACCGGAGCCUGGACGGUUGCUGUAUCUGUCGGGCCAAGUCCUCCAGCUCCCGCUUCACCGACAGCAAGCGCUAUGAGAGGGACUUUCACAGCUGCUUUGGGCUGAGUGAGGUGCGUUUUGGGGAGAUCUGUAAUGCCUGUGUUCUCCUGGUGAAAAGGUGGAAGAAACUCCCAGCCGAAUCCAUAAAGAACUGGAAUCAUGUUGUUGAUGCUAAAGGUUCAGGGUCAAGCUGGAAGACGACAGUGAGGUCCAAGAAGAUGAAGAUGAAGAGGGGAGCCAGGCCAAGCCAGAUCAGCCGAGUGCAGAAGGAGCUCAAGAGACGCAACUCUGACGCCCACAGCACCACCUCAAGUGCCUCCCCUGCCCAUUCUCCCAGCUACAGCAACCAAUCAGACGAGGGCUCGGACGUCGAACUCUCACCAGGUGCCACCCACUCGCCAGUCUUCUCUUUCCUGGAUCUCACCUACUGGAAAAGGCAGAAGGUGUGCUGUGGCAUCAUCUACAAGGGACGCUUCGGAGAGGUCCUCUUAGACCCCCACCUCUAUAAGCCCUGCUGCCAGAAGAAACGACAGCACGAGCCAGAGGAGGAAGCACAGGCGAGCAGAGCGAACGUGAUGGGCCCCACGCUACCGAACAUCCCACCCACUCCCCCCCCCCCCCCCCGGGUCAAAGAUGAGGAGGGGCGGAGGAACAGUGGGGAUUUGAUGUCAUAAUGUCUCACCGAGAAAUCGCAUGACACUACAGAAGUCAGCCGGAGACCGUUGGGGUGUUAUGACGUCCUGGAGCGCUCUCAAGACAGUCUUCUGGGAUUGCUUUCUAUUCAAGAGCAGCUGGACUAUUUAGCAAAUGUUCUGUACCAAGAGGGCAAGGUUUGUUAUUUUAUAUCUGUUAACAAUGAUGGACUCUUGCCCCCCCCCCUUUCUGAGUGCUAUGAGAUUGUGAAUAUUCACAAUUUGUUUUCAAUAUGAAAUGCUGGAUCCACUAAAGCUGUAUGAGAAAUGGAGACCUCUGGAACUGUACCUUUUGUAGUAGGAUAGAGCCAUAUCCAUUAGGAUAGAGAACAGCCUUCCACACUUUGCCUUCUCCUGUCCUGUACCCCCCCCCCCCCCCCACACACACACACUGGCCCUGGUCACUUUCUGGAAGGAUUUAUUCUCCUUUUUUAUUUCGCUUGUCCUUCCCUUAAUCAACAUGGUCAUUGAUCGGACACCUAAUAUUAUAAGGGUAAAGCUGUAGAAAUUUGGCUAAAUAAAUUUGUCAGAGGUGUGGGAAGCAAUUCAGUGAUUUAAUUUAAAAAAUAUAUAUAUUUUUUUGAAUUUGACAAGAGCCUUAUUCUUUGGAGAAGGUUUCUUUGGUCAAGGGACACGUGUACACAACCAAUGUCAUAUCCAGCCUUGCUUGUGCACCAGGUGUACUCUCUGAUAUAUUGAUACUAUGCUCUUUCCAGUGCACAUUUUGAUAUUGUAAUAUGCAAGGCCAGUGACAUUGUUCAGUGUCUUUGGAUGUACAUACAAAGCACAUUCAAAUGUUUGAGGGAGCCUAUAGUGUGAUCCUGAUGCAAGCGCUCUCGAUCGCCAGUCCUCACCUGAACCAAUAUAAGCUAAAACCCACAAACUGACCUUGGAGCAGCACUUUUUGAGCACUUCCUAUCUCAGUCUACAGACCAGUUCCAUUUAGUUUCCUAGCCCCUUAGAGCAUAUCUGAAGGUGAUGGUAUAGUGGACACUUAUUUAUUCCUUUUCAGUUCUUUGAACACGAAGGGGCUAUGGCGCUAAAUGGAACGAGGCCAAUGGACCCUCUUAUGAUGUCAAGAAAAGACUGGCUGAGUAGGCCAACCAAAAAGCUUCCCUGGUUUUCUCCUAUUGAGAAUGAUUGAUGCCCUUUAAUUGUGCUUUAAGUUUGCUGGCUUUCCAGAACCUUCUGAGUCCUGCAGGACUCGCUUGUACAAAUCCGUCUACAUCUUUUGCAUGAUGUUAGUGGUGAAAUAACACUAUUUUCGUCUGUCACUUUGCCUCUGUUUGGCGCAAAUACUGUACAGUUAUGAAUAUUUUUGUGUAUAAAUUUUUGUAUAAUUUUUGUGUAUGGGGGGGGGCUACAACGUAAUGAAUAGGUCACAAAAAUGUUGUUUUUAGUAUUUUUAUAUAUGUCCCAAGACUGUCAUGGAUAUUGAGGGUGGGUCUAUACAAUUGUCAGUACAUGACGUUAAUCUAGAAAGGCCCUCCAACAUCCCUCAUGUAGGCUACUUUUGUCGUCACUUUUAUUUCAAGGAAUGUGUUUUCUUGUUCUGUACCUCCUGCCCUAUAUAUCCACUACUGUUCAUAUAAUUUAAAUAUUCUUAAACCAUGGUAAUAUGUUUUUAAACAGACUUUUUAUUUCUUAGCCUUUUAUUCUACAUGUCAGUGAAAUGGACGAGAGCCUGUAUUUACAUUGCAUACUCGGGGGGUAUUGUAGAGCUCUGUCAAUGUAUUUGUUCUAUUAGUAUUUAGACGUGAAAGCUCACAUGCCAAAUUAAUGCAUACUCAUUGUGUGAACUAUCAUGUUCAAUAUACAGUAUUUUAUUCUCUGCAUCUGAUUAAUAUUAGCACUGAGUAAGAAAACACUUCCUCUUUCCAUGACAGACAGACCAGGUGAAAACUAUGAUCUCUUAUGGUCACCUGUUAAGUACACUUCAAUCAAUGUAGAUGAAGGGGACACAGGUUAAAUAAGGAUUUUUAAGCCUCGAGACAAUUGAAAUAUAGGUAUGUGUGCCAUUCAGGGGGUGAAUGGGCAAGACAAAAGAUGAAAGUUUCUUUGAUUGGGGUAUGGUAGUAGGUGCCUGGCGUUCUGGUUUGUGUCAAGAACUGCAACGCUGCUGGGUUUUUCAUGCUCAACAGUUUCCCAUGUGUAUCAAGAAUAGUCCACCAACCAAAGGACAUCCAGCCAACUUGACACAACUGUUGGAACCAUUGGAGUCAACAUGGGCCAGCAUCCCUGUGGAACGCUUUCGACUCCUUGUAUAGUCCAUGCCCCGGUGAAUUGAGGCUGUUCUGAGGGCAAAAGGAGGCGCAACUCAAUAUUAGGAAGGUGUUCCUAAUGUUUUGUACUCUGUGUAUGAUGGCAGCUAUUUCAACAUACAGAUGGUCACCAUGGUUUGAUCAAAGCUUUACUAUGGAACCCUAUUUGUAGUGUAUUUAUGUAUAGAGGCAUCAGACAUGGACUAUAUAAAAAAGAAAAUGUUCCUUUAGAUUCCUCUAAUCUUCAGGUUUGAUUGAAUGUUAGGGAAAGUGGUCAUUGCUCUGUAAAUUUAUUUAUGCGCUUGUAUCAUUUUUUUGUUAUUGACUAUUUUAUUACUUUCUCCUGUAACUGCCAUAACCUCUGUUCUAUUAAAGUUCAGUGGGCCAAUACUAUUCACAUUAUGUAAAACGUUGCCGUAUACUGUGAUAUGGAUUGUAUCAAAACUAUACUAUUAUUCAUACAUUUUGUUUGUUUAACCAAACUAGGCGUAAUUCUCCUGAGAUCUCCUAUACGGCUGUAGAAUGUGCUUAUGUUAUGUGGUAGUGCUACUCGCAUGUGGUAGAUAUGCACUGUUAUUUGUCUUGGAAAGUUCAAAUUCUUUCUCAAAACACAUUUUGUAUUUUUAUACAUUUUAAUUUAAACUUGUUCAUUAAAUGUAGUUUGCUUUUGGGUAUCAGUCACAUUUUUCUCUGGAAUAUGCCUAAUUGUUUUGAAAUAAAUGUAUCUUUACACAAAAGCCAUGAACCAUCUUGAAGCUUUGUCCCUUUUAAUCCAAGGAUACAAUAGCAUGGCUAAAACUUAUAACUAUAAUGAAAUUGAAAGAUGACUAGUACAAUGAUUGUACUUUGACUAUACUGUCUGAACCAGCCAUCAUGAAGACAGUCUACAUUAGACACAGAAUAUUACUAUCAUACUGUAUUAUAAAAGGUGUGUGUGGUGAUUUGGGGAACAGCUCAUCAGGGGUAAUCAAAAACCCAAUAAUGACCACCUGGAAAGAGACAGAGUCCUAAAGAUGCUUGUAUAGAAAUGUAGUAAUGGGUGUGGUGUCUAGCCCAAAUGUAUAUAUUGUUUGUAUUGAACGACAAUGUUUUUAACUAAGUGUUCUAAUUGGAGGCCAUAUGUAAAGCCUCAAUCAUUGCUAUAGCCUGAGUGAUGAAUACUGAUUGUUGCUAAUUUCGUAGCAACCAUGUAGAAUCUUAAAGUUCAAGUAUAUUUCCUUUAUUACCCAUGUGAAGAUGCCCUGUUUUGACAUGGUUUGUGUUUUUAUAGUAAAACCAUCUGUCAUCAUCCUCAAACAAACCAUGUUUUUUCAGAUCAUAAAACUAUUUGAAUAAUGAUGUAUUGUGUAAAAUCUAGUCUUUAUUAAGUAGGCAAGUCUCUAUAGCCGUUUAGUUAACGGGAAUCAAAUUUCAUAUGCACUUAAGGGAUAUAUAUAUAUAUAUAUUUUUUUUUAUGAUUCACCAGCCUUGACUAGGUUGUUGACCCGCUCUUUUCUACGGUGCCUCCACAGAUGUUUCUGGCCAGACCCUGAGUGGUAGUUUGAAAAGGUUUAUGCAAAUCAUUCUACGUGUUCUGGAAAAUUCAGAGGUAUAUUUGGAUGAUGUGGUAGUAUUUAGUGAAAUCGCACAAGCAACGGUGAAGUACCUAGGAAAGGUGGUGGAUACUCUUGGUUUUACAGGCUGAUCAAGAUGUUCGACUUGAGGGCCACUAUAAUGUAUUUUAACACUAGGCGUACUUAAUAUGCAUGUAUUUGACAAUGUCUGUAACGUAUGUAUGACGCUGUGGGUGUUUUUCUUUAUUUUUCGUUAUUUGAACUGCAGUAGCCUAAGUCUGUCAACGUAAUGUGUAGUUUUAUGGAACUAUAUCUGGUCAUCUUAAAUUGGUGUCAAAUUAAAUCUGUAAAAAUGAA